UGACUAUUGUACGGUUGGCAAUGCUGAAUGCAGCCGACAACGACGAUUCAACUUCAUUCAGUGUAUAUCUUAAAACUUAACCUAAAUUGUUUGUAAUCUUCGAAUUUUACAUAAAAUUCUCUAUUCAUAUAGAAUUUUAAAGCCUAAUCGCGGACAGAGAGAGAGAGAGAGAGAGAGUUAAAGUAGCAAGAUGUCGGAACGAAAAGUUUUAAACAAAUACUAUCCGCCGGAUUUCGACCCUUCGAAAAUCCCGCGUAUGAAAUUGGCGAGAAAUCGUCAGUACACUGUGCGGUUGAUGGCACCGUUCAACAUGCGAUGCAAGACAUGCGGUGAAUAUAUCUACAAGGGCAAGAAAUUUAAUGCGCGUAAGGAGGAUGUCGAAGGCGACGAUUACCUGGGCAUACGCAUUUACAGGUUCUACAUUAAGUGUACCCGUUGCCUGCAAGAGAUAUCCUUUAAGACUGAUCCAAAGAACACGGAUUAUGAGAUAGAGGCAGGUGCCACGAGAAAUUUUAUGGCAUUGAAACUUGCCGAGGAACAGGCGCAAAGGGAAGAGGACGAGGAGAAAGAAGAAGAGGCCACCAAUCCGAUGAAGCUCUUGGAAAAGAGAACACUUCAAUCAAAGCAAGAACUGGAAUUGUUAGAGUCUUUAGAAGAGUUAAAGGAUUUAAACCGAAGACAGCAGACUAUAGAUUAUGAUCAAAUGUUAGAACAAUAUGAUACUGAAGCUGCUAGGCAGAGGACAGAAAAGGAACAAGAAGAAUUAGAUGAACAAUAUAUUAAGUCUGUAUUUGGCAAAAGACAAUUAGUUGGGACUGUUGUGGAAGAAGAAAUUGAAGAGUUGGAAAAUGAGGAAGAAGAAAGCAUUCAACCUCCUACAAAAAUAUUUAAAACAGACGAAGCAAAUGGCAAAGAAACAGAAAAUUUCAUACAGUCCUCAAAAUCUAUUAAAGCAUCAUUGUGGUCAGAAAAUACAGGAUUAUCUAAUAAAAAGAAUUCAUCUACUUUAAUCAAGAAAAGUAAUAUUGGUAUAAAGAUAAAUGCAAGAUCGUCACAGAAUAAAACAUCGAUCGAAAAUGUUUCUUCAGAUAAGGAAACAGUUUCACAGUUGGAAGAAAUACCUAAUAUUUCAUCAAGUACAUCAAAUGCAACAAAUACCAACACUAAGAUGGAUUAUGUAGGAAAUGGUCUCUCAUUAUUAGGUGCCUAUUCGGAUAGCAGCGAUAAUGACAAUGAUUAAAGCAAGAAAUAAAUUAAUAUAUUUAUAUAUUAAUAUAUAUAUUAAUAUAUUU